AAGGAAAGAUAAUUUAAUGUACACGAUAUGUUAGACGAGACUGUCUGUUCUCUUCUGUCUUGCCCUGCCUAAUAUGGCGGCGCUGUUGACACACGCUUUAGAUGCCAAUGCGUUGUAUAUGCGUGUCUUAACCGUUUCAUGUUUUUCUGCCGUUCUAGCUGCUUGAAUUUCUACAGAAGAAAAAACAUCCGCCUUCGCUUGCAUUCAUCAUCACAUACUGGCUCAGGAAGGCGGUGAGGAGAUAAGAGUGCCUUCAUACAUUUGCAAUGGCCAUUGAGCUGCGCUCCGGUGUGAAAUAUGGCUCGCUUUUGUCUCUCGCAGUGGUGUUGGUUGCAUACUUGUUACGAUCACCGGACGGCUCGGUUCUAGAUGACAGACUGGACGCGGUUUUGUCUUCAUUACUGCGCGCAGAGAGGAAAGUGGGCUUGAACGGCGUGUCCAGACCGAGAGUGGCCAUCGGUUUUGGCGGCUGUGUCGAUAUCAUUGUCGAUGGCGUGACUCUGCUGAACAAAAUCGGUGUGAAGCCAUCAGACCAUCCUCUUCAUCACGACUAUAUAGAGAGCGCAGAACAACUUGCUCAGAGUUUCGCCUUCUUUUUUCCACCCGGAGCUGCUUCUGAGAGGUUUGUGAUGAAUGACACCCUCUUUAGUGAACUGGUGGAGGCUUCUCGUGAGUUGCCAGGAAACAGGUGGUCGAUCGGAGGUAACGCACCUGUCAUGGCCAGCAGGAUGGCGCUUGAGGGGUGCGAUGUGCUUCUCGGGGGAAGUUUCAGUACAGAUUUCACUGACAUCCUGUCUCAGCGAAUCACAGUGGCAGGAAACACAUUGGAUGAGCCAGACAUCCACCUAAUUCUGGAGUACCCCACAGGAGCCACAUGGGGCCCAUACACCUCCCGAAGGGCCAAUAGAUAUAUAGUCCAUAGCGAUGACCAUAAUCCAUAUCUUGACUCCAUGGAGCAGUUUCAAGAGCAGCUAAAGGAUUUCAAGCCAGAUUUACUGGUGGUGGGUGGGCUUCAGAUGAUGGACAACUUCCCUUUCAAACACGGAGAGCGUGAGGCUUUGUUGAAGAAGCUGGCACAGAUGUUGUCCUCUGCGUCCCCUCAGACCGACGUGCAUUUUGAGAUGGCCAGCUUUGUGGAUGAGGAUCUGAUGUCGGAUCUAUUAGAGUUCGUUCUUCCACACGCCGACUCUUUAGGCAUGAACGAACAAGAGCUGCCCAAUCUCCUGAGCCUUUUCCGGGGCAACAACUUGACCGUUCUCUCCGAUCCCAACCCCCGUGUAGCUACGGUUCUGGACCAGAUGCGAGAACUCUAUCGCCUGGUAAACCAGCGCCACCGAGAAGCCGGGUCAGGCCGGCCGCUCACCCGCCUUCACGUCCACACUCUCGCUUUCCAGGCCAUCAUCGUCAAGCGCGGCUCCCAGUGGAAGAACACCAUGUCGGCCACGGCCAAAGCCUCUCUGACCGCCAACCGGCAUGUAUGCGGCUCUCCAGACAUCGACCUGAGUAAAGCGCGGCUCAUCAUGGACGAAUCGUUCUCCAUCAGCAGGAGAGAAGGCAGCCAGAGGAUUCCUCUGAAGGAGUCACGGCCCGUCUCGUGUUGGGAUGAAGAUGACUAUGAGAUCUGUGUGGCUCCUGUGCUGGUGUGCACAGAGGUGUACCAGACCGCCGGAGGAGGAGACAACAUCUCGGCGGCCGGACUCGUCUUGCAGAUCUGAGUAUGAGAGAUGGUCCCACAUGCUUUUAUUUAAAUUUUCUUUUAAUUGCGUUGUUUUAUUUUUUUUAUGGGGAAAACAUAGCAUCACACAAUGUGCAAUAUAAACAUUGGGUCCAGUCGAUAUUUAACUUGUCAACAUCAGAAAAUUAAGCAACUUUUAUGAUUUUUGCAUUGUGAUUUAUUCCUAUAACACAAGAAAAUAAUCACUGUGUUGCAAUAUUGAUAAACUACUCACCAUUCAUAACAAUAGAGAUCACAAUGAAUCGCAAUGGAAAAGUUAUAAUGCUCCGACAUGUUUUUUGUGAGUUAUCUCACCUAUAGGUCAUUUGAGUCCUGUUUACAAUAUAUUUUCAUUUUUAAAACACAUUUGCUUUUAAUGAGAACCUUUAUUAGAUUAAUGGCUUCAAAAACAAUCCAAUGAGAUGCCAGGAAUCUUGAAGUAAUACAAAUGAAUGAUCAAACAGUCAAAGCUUUGUUACAUUAUGACUGAAAUCUGCUUAUGCAAAGUGAAAAUGCUUAAGAGGUUAGUAUGGGGCGUUUGACAUGUUUUGUGAACCAAUGUUAACCUCAGUGCUUUAUCUUCAUUGGCCGAUAUUUAUUAUUUUCUCAUAUCCUAUUUGCUCUUUUUCUUCUCAUUCCACGACUUAUCAUAUUCCUCUUUAACAAGCGCUUUCCGCAUGUUGUCACAUAUCUUUUGAUUAAUUUUAUCUAAUUUUAUAAUGUCUUGAUUAACGCUGUUCACUUUUUGCUUUUCAUUAGGGAACGUUGCAUAUUUUAACUCUUAAAUGAGAAAAUGCAUUCUCUGAAAAAAUGGUACCAAAGCUGUCACUGGGACGGCACCCUUUAUAAAAUGUCCUAAUACAAUUUAGGAACAUAUACGUAUACAGUUAGUACCAUUAUGUAGGUACUAAUAUGCACUCUUUAGGUAUAACAGUGUACUUUUUGAAAGGGACCACCCCAAUAUCAGCUUCUGUACCUUUAUUUCUGACAGUGUGGAAAUGUUUUUUUUUUUUUAAAGAACAGUCAUUUUAAUCUGAUGUCUUCAUUAUGUUUGAAUUCGGAUUUACCGAUAAUUGAAAUCUUUUUUUGCAACGGACAUACAGUUAUAUGAAACCAAAACCACAAGUUUCAUGCAUACAUGUGCUCGGUGUUUCAAAAACUACAUGUGCAUACUUUAAGGAGGAGGAUAAAAAAAGAAUUUACAUGGGUGAUCAUGGGCUCUGGAUACCUUUCUGCACAUCUUCCAUUAGCCACCCUGAGUGCAAAUUAUUACCUACCUCCUGUGCCUAUGAAAUUAUAAACGGAUGUCUAUUGAUUAUGUUGUAUGCUUGCAUUUAUUACUUAACUGCUCGCCUAUGCUAGUGUAGCUUGAUAUUAUACAAGAGAUAGAUAAAGAUGUCCCACUCAAUGAGAAAUGAGGUUGAGUGCAUUUAAACACUCAUCAGCUGAUAAAUAAAUCAUAUCUCAGGGAUUACAGUAGCCCGGAUGUCUAUGAUCCACAACACUUGAGGUUUGACCAAUUUAGCUGUGAGCAGCUGGUGUGAUGGGAGAGUUUAUCUUGGAUGGGAUUUGAGCCUUUAUAAAAACUGGCCAAGUGUUGGUCCAGUGGUGUGAACAAUAGCAGUGGAUGUUUUUGUUGUGAAUGUGAUUCAUGCAUCGAUACUAAUAAAAUGAAAGGGAUUUAGAAGUAUGACAAAGAUUUAUGUGAAACAAUUGUAGCAUUUGAAUUUUUACAGAAAGGUAAUUUGCUGGAUCAACUGGAAAUGACUAUUGUAAUAAACGUUCUUCUUUUUUUGGCCAUGUGUUCUGUCAACAGCACAUGUUUUGAAGGGAAGAUACUUGUUUCUGAAUGAUCUGUUUCGAUUUGUAUGUAAUAAACUAUUACAUUCCAUUAAUUGUA